AUGCUCGAUAACCUCAUGUAUUUUGUUGGUCACAGUACGAUAGCACAUCAAGCGACCAAGCGGGUUGCCACCGCAGGCACCAGCAGCCACGAUUUUGAGCUGGUCAUAGCUCCAGAGAGGUACCAACAGUCGCCGGAGGAAACACUAUCGAUUUUUAGUAUUCGCAAUGUCUGGGGGCCUGUCCCGUUAAAGGCAGGGACAUUUUUUUCCUGGAUGAGAGUAGUUGAGAUCACCAUAUGUUCGGCUAUGUUUCAGACGAAUCAACAACGCAAAAAGCUAGAUUUCUUUUGGCAAAGAUCCCGCACCAGAGAACAGCUUUACGUGCAGCACCUGGUAGAUGAGGCACCCUAA